AAACCAUGAUAUCUAGUGAGCUGCAGGGAGCUGGCUACUUGCACCCUAAAUACCUAGUGGUUGCAAAGGAGGAGGAUGAAUCUCUCAUUGGGCAAUGUGGCAUUAGCGAGUUUACCACCGUGGAGGUGGCUACUCGCAUGCUGGGUGGUAAGGUCCAUGGCUCCCUGGCUCGUGCUGGGAAGGUGAGAGGCCAGACUCCCAAGGUUGCCAAGCAAGAGAAGACGACGACUGGCUGUGCCAAGAGACGCAUGCAGUACAACCGGCGCUUUGUCAAUAUUGUGCCAGGUUUUGGCACGAAGAAGGGCCCCAAUGCUAACUCCUAAAUGGCAUACCUCACC